CACCUCUGCAACGACCACAUCGGCCGCAAGAGCACCGGCAACCUCUGCCUCACGUGCAAGUGGAAGGACUGUGGCACCAGCUGUGCAAAACGCGACCACAUAACCAGCCACCUCCGCGUCCACACGCCGCUCAAGCCCCAUGUCUGUGUUAUCUGCAAGAAACCGUUCAAGCGCCCUCAGGACCUCAAGAAGCAUGAGAAGAUCCAU